UCUCCAUCGCAGCAAGAUGUCGGGAGUAGAAGACACUUUCCGUAAAUUUGCAAGAUACGGUGACAGAUCUGCCAGUGGCAAUGACAUGACAGGGAAAAACUUCUCCAAGAUGUGCAAAGAGUGUGGAGUGAUGGAUGGCAAAGCCGUGACCAGCACUGACAUUGACAUAGUGUUCAACAAAGUCAAGACGAAGGGUGCCGGCACCAUCACCUUCGCUGAGUUUCAGCAGGCCAUGAAGGAGCUCUGCGUCAAGCGCUUCAAGGGCAAAUCGCCGGAGGAAGCACUGCAGGCUGUGUAUGGCCUCAUUGAGGGGAAGGAGCCCGGCCACGUGGGUGCCACGAAAGCCACCAAGGUUGGUGGGGUCGAGAGGCUGACAGACACUAGCAAAUACACUGGUCAGAAUCGGGAGGACACCAGCGGCUACGUUGGAGCCUACAAGGGAGCUGGCACAUACGACCAGACUCACAAGAACUGA